UGCACACACGCAUGGAGAAAAGUUGACCUCGGUCAGACGGUUGUUUACUUGCAAUAUUAUUCCACAUCAUUUCAUGCUUCUUAAGAACCUUGUCCUUCAUCAUGUCAAGUAGUGGUAUUCCUGAUGACGUGAAGAAGAAUGUCAGAGCUGUACUCUUGUCCAAGACAGGUGGCGGAGUCCUUGUCAGUGACUUCAAGAAAGACUAUCGCCGCCUUAUAAACAGCAAAAUCUUCAUUGAGCACUAUGGAUUCAAUAAUAUCAAAGAUUUUGUUGAAGCUAUCCCUGAAUAUGCAAGACUUGAGUACUCCGACAAGGACAUGGCCUACAGAAUGUUUGGUGUGGGGGACCCAAACACGUACAUGUCCUUGUCGGCCAAGAAGGCACAAGGCAGUAUACCUAAAGGACAUCCUUCCAACACGCCCAAGGGAAACAGAUUUACGAACAAAAAUGGUUCGUCUCACAACACUAAUGACGGCAAGAAACUGAUCCCCAAUAGCCGUGGACUAUACACUGUAUGCUACAACAGUGAAAUGGCAGACAGCAAAGACAAAGAUGACAUCACAGACUUGUUCAGUCAAGCAGGGGAGGUGGCCGAGGUGAACGUCACGCAGAACUGGAUAUUUGUACGCUUCAAAACGAAGCAAGGAGCCCUAUCAUCCCUGGAGAAGUUGUCUUCUCUUCAUGUACGCAUUGCCGAUGAGGGUAAGAACAAGAACAGAGAACAACGGAACACAUUAGUGGAACAGACGGAUGAGGAGGAGGAGGAGGAAAAUGAUAGUCUCAUGGCCAACAAACUUCAUAUGCGUGAUGGUGCUCCAAGAAGACAAGAUAAUCCACAGAAGAAACAAGAUGCUCCAAACCAGUUCAUCAGAAAAGGGGUUCCUGGUAGCCAGCGUCAUGAAGUGUUUGUGGGGAACAUUGCCAACACCCUUAAAGAGGAAGAGUUUGAUGACAUGAUUGCCGAGUUCAACCCAAGAGAAUCUAGACUAAUUCGGAAAGAUGUGAAGUUGUAUGCAUUUGUGGAUUUUGACACGUCUGUGGAUGCACAGAGGAUGAUUGAAGCCUUGGAUGGUGUGGAGAUCAAAGGGCGGAGAGUAGAAGUGAGGAUUUCCAAGUCCGAAAGUCCGCCGACCCAGAAGAAACACCAGACCAACCCACCGCCAAGUCAUGCUGCAGGUGGGGAAUCUUCAUCAGGGAGAAACAUGAAGGCAGACGCAAAUCACCACAGUCACCUAAAAACUUUCCACCAAGAUAAACCUGGUAUUUUAGGACCUAUACCAUCAGGUGGCCUUGGACGAGGGGAUGCAAGCAACUCCGAGCUGAACCGCAGUUUUGAAAGUUCCUCCAGUUCAGGCUGUGGUCGAGGACUGAAACUCUCUGAUCGGAUGCGGGACAUCAGUAUUAGCAUUGACAGUCGGGGGAAGAAGCUGGUGACAUCCACCCCAGUAGUCCGGUCGCCACAGAAACCACAGCAGCAGGAGCCGCCUGCCAGGCAUGUAGCAGAGGCAGAAGAUGAUAUGCCAGAACUCGAAGCCCCCCAUGACGGAGCUGGAAGUUUCGAUGCCUGACUUGGAGAAUUCUGUUGAUGUAAACAACACCUCUGGUGAAGUGAUGGAGGAUGGGAAGGAUGACAAGCCUAUCAGCAUAUUUGUGGCCAACUUCCCCAAGUCAACUACACCGCGUGAGCUCUACAUUUUGUUCCUGCGCUAUGAUGUUGUGAGUGUCAACAUUGUCCCAACCAGCAAGUG